AAUGCAUAUUGUGUUUGUCUUCCCUCCAUUCACGCUACACCUCAAUCCAUCUUCUUCUUCUUCUUCCUCCCAAAUCUCCCAAUUCUCCGAUUCCAAACCCAACCUCCACUCCCAGAUUCCGUUCUCGAUUUCCCCAUCACCGCCACUCUCAGUGGGACCCACUCUCACACACAUCACCCCGGUACUACUACUACCUACCACCACCACCCUCUUCUCCUUUUCCGAUCAAGUUUCCAUUUUUACCCUUCCAACCAACUCACCAACGGAAAUGAAUCGUGGGUUUCAGUUCUCAACGCUUUUCAUCAAAUGUAGCUCUCAGUAUCUCGAAUUGUUGUAAAAUGUGAUGCGAUGGAGAAUCAGAAAAUUUCUAGAUUUGGAUUUUGAAUUGUUAGAGAAUUUUGAAUUUUGAAAGAAUUUUUGGAUUUGUAGAUUUUGGUUUUGUUGUUGUUGAUGUUGAAAAGGAGAUGAAAUUGAAAGGAGAGAGAUGACUGGAGUGUCAUUGGGUCUACGAACAGGUAGCUAUGGUUCUCUGCAGUUGAUUCAAAACGGAAACUAUUCGCAGGUACCGGUGCUUGUUCGUAGACCUUCAAAGACGCUCCUUUAUAACCCCAAAGAUAAAGAAAGGGGUUGUCCUUAUAUUUGUCGCCAUCUUGGACGAGGCAAGGUUGCUAUGCUUCUCAUGCUUCUUUGUGGCCUUUUCAUUUUUGUCUUUGGUUGUUUUACACUUUACAAAGGUGGAAACAUUGAAAACCCACGAGCUUAUGCCAUUAGUACCUAUGAAGCUAUAGACAUUGGUGGAACAAUAAAAGCUAAGUUAAAGGAUAAUAUUAUAUCGAGACCGACGCCGUUGCCAAAUAGGCAUAAGAGUUCAUUCAGGGAUCCUCCUGUUUUCCAUUUAGAAUCUUCAUAUAAUUUAAAAGGAAAAAAAGGAUCUUCCUCUACCGCGGGGCAUCUUUGUGACAACUUUGCAUUUCCUCCUCCUCCACCGGCCAAUAGAAGACGUACUGGACCACGACCAUGUCCUGUGUGCUAUGUUCCUGUGGAGCAAGCUAUAGCUAGUAUGCCAAUUUCCCCAUCAGAGUCUCCCGUACUUCGCACUCUCACAUAUGCGCAUAAUGAAAAUAUGUUUCCAAGGGAACCAGAGGGCGGCUCUGAUUUUGGUGGAUACCCUUCUCUGGAAGAAAGGGAUGCUUCUUUUGAUAUAAAAGAGACUAUGAAAGUGCAUUGUGGAUUUGUCAAAGGAAGCAGACCUGGUCGUCGGACUGGAUUUGAUUUUGACGAGGAAGAUCUCUUAGAGUUGGACCAGUACCAUGACAUCAUUGUUGCAUCUGCCAUAUUUGGAAACUAUGAUGUAUUACAGCAGCCCAGGAACAUCAGUAGACAAGCAAAGAAAAAUAUUCCUUUCUUCAUGUUCAUUGAUAAAGAGACAGAAAUAUAUAUGAGAAAUGCCAGUAUUUUGGAUAGCAGCAGAAGAAUUGGAUUGUGGAGAAUCAUUGUUGUCCGGAAUAUUCCAUAUGCUGAUUCUAGGCGUAAUGGAAAGAUUCCUAAACUUCUUUUGCACAGAAUCUUCCCCAAUAUCCGAUAUUCAAUUUGGAUUGAUGGGAAGCUUGAGCUCGUUGCAGAUCCAUAUCUAAUUCUUGAAAGGUUCUUGUGGCGCCCAAAUGCUACUUUUGCCAUUUCGAGACAUUACAGACGCUUCGAUGUCUUUGUUGAGGCCGAGGCUAAUAAAGUAGCUGGAAAAUAUGAAAAUGCUUCCAUUGAUCGCCAAGUUCAAUUUUAUCAAUACCACGACGGUUUAACUCAUUAUUCCAGGGCUAAGCUUCCUAUAACUAGUGAUGUUCCUGAAGGUUGUGUUAUCAUUAGAGAACACAUUCCAAUUACAAAUUUGUUUACCUGCUUAUGGUUCAAUGAAGUUGAUCGCUUUACUUCGAGGGAUCAGUUAAGCUUUUCCACAGUAAGAGACAAAAUAAUGGCAAAAGUGGAUUGGAGUAUCAAUAUGUUUCUGGAUUGUGAAAGGCGUAACUUUGUGAUACAGGCUUACCAUAGAGACGUAUUGGAAAACAUGCCUCCUCCUUCUCCUCCAGUUAUUGUAAUUCGGCGUCCUAAUCCACCUGUUUCCUACAAGCCUCCGACGAAGAAGAAUCCUAGGCACGGAAGAGAUAGGAGAUCAGGCUCUAGGCGUCAUCGUAAAGUAGUAGACAAUGUUGUUAUGAACCAAAUUUUAAUUUAGUCUUAAUAUUUUCUCCUUGAGAUUUUGGUUUCUUCUGUAACACAAGGUUCUAAAUUGUAAAUGCAUUCUUUGUUGCAAAUUAAUUAUACAUGAAAGAGCUCUGAACAACUGAUACCAUUUCGAAAUUGUUGCUUCCUUUUUAUGUUUUAAUUGUAAAUAUCUGUCUUUGACAAGAUCCUUCCUUACCUUUUUCAAAAGGGUAAGAAAAAAAAAGGGAGAAAGAAAUGGGUUAUCAGUUGUGCAUUUUACACAAAAUACAAUUUGUAUUCAUAAGUUAUAUUGUUAGUUAUUUUUUUUUUUGACAGAAGUUAGUUAUUUUUUUAAUCUUCA